GGCGCCCCGCACAGCUGCCGCCGCCCGCAGCGGGACCGGCGGGGCGCGGAGCCCCGCGGGCUCGGGCCGGGGACGCAGGAGGCGAGUCCCGGCGCCCCGGGCUCCCUCCAGCGGGCACCGGCCGGCGCGGAGCCGGGUCCUGAGGGGGCCCGCUGCGAAACCCGCCUCCCCGGUUGGCUGCAGUCUGCUGUGGGAUGGGCGAGGCAGCGGAGAACAAGUACGUGUCCCAGCUUCAGGAUGUUUAUAACAGCUGCGAUACCACGGGCACGGGGUAUCUGGACAAAGAGGAGCUGACAGAGCUGUGCCGUAAACUCCAUCUGGAGCGGCAGCUGCCAGUACUUCUGCAAACUCUCCUGGGACACGACCACUUUGCCAGGGUAAACUUUGAAGAGUUUAAAGAAGGUUUCGUGGCAGUGCUGUCCUCCAACAUUGACCUGGGCAUUUCCGACGAGGAGAGCAGCUACUUGGAACCAGCUGUCCCAGAUGAUGUCAAGCCCAAGUACGUGAAUGGGGCUAAGUGGUACGGCCGCUGGACGAAGCCAGAGCUCCAAGAAACCGAGGUGGAAACCACCAAGUAUUUACAAGAUCAGCAAGUUAAAGCCAGCGUGAAGAGUCAGCUGAGACGCUCGGCAUCUCUGGAGAGUGCGGAGAGCCUUAAAUCAGAUGAAGAAGUGGAAAGUGCUAAAGAACCACAGAAUGAAAUGUUCCCGGCACAAGGCCAAACGAGCACCUGGAAUCCUGACCUAUUUGACAGCCCCCGGCAGACAGACAGCCCUUGCUUUGAUAUGACAGAGGGUCAGAUUCGGGGCAUCUGGGAAGAACUGGAUAUAGGGAACACUGGCUACCUCAGCAAGUGCGAGCUGGCGACGGUCUGUAAGAAUAUUGGGCUCAAAGAGCUGGAGCAGGAGGAACUAGAAGAUUUAUUUCGUAGGCUGGACAGAGAUGGAGAUGGCAGGGUGAGCUUUCAGGAGUUCGAGCUUGGCUUGUCCAGCCAUGGGCCUGUUUCUUUUCCUGUUUUUUCCACGCCUGUCAAACAGCCCAGACAGCUGCCAGAUCACCAGGCUUCCGAGGAGAAUGGGCUUAGAAUUGCUACUCCGUUGUUACUGUCCAGCUACGAGUGUCUGCGUCCCUUCUCCUGCAUCAAUGACGGCAGCGGCUUUGCGAGUCCUGCACAGAUCCUCUCCAUCUGGGCCCAGGAAGGAGUUGAAAACUGCAAGGAGAUUCUCAAGAGUCUGGAUUUCAGCCUGGAGGAGAAAGUGAGCCUGGCGGAGCUGGCUGUGGCCUUUGACAACGAGCUGAUGGUUUCCAAGAGUGGAGUCCAGCAUGCAGCCUUUGCUUCCUACAAACAUGAGCUGAACUACCUAGAGGCCCAGGUGGAGCAGGUCUCCAGGGAGCGAGACAAGGCAAGGCUGGACUUGGAGAAGGCGGAGAAACUAAACCUGCAGCUCGUUAAGGAAGUGGAUGAUCAUCAUGAGGCCAUGGAGCACCACCAUGAGAGCAAACUGAAAGAUCUGGAGCAAGACUAUCGAGGGAAGCUGAGCAUUAUUAAAUCUGACGUGGAGACAGACCGAGCGCUCCUCUUGCAACAAGUGACUGAUCAGCAAACCAAACUGGAAGUGGAUAUAAAACUCCUCCAAGGCGAAAAGACCAGCCUGAGGGAGAAGCUGACCUUAGCAGUACAGGAAAACAGGAGGUUACAGAGCGAGGUUACGGCAGUAGUUGAAAAGCUGUCGGAGUCAGAGAAACUGGUGUCGAAGCUGCAGAAGGAGCUGGACUUCAUGCUGAAAGACAAGCUGGGCGUGGUGGAUCCACACAGCACAGAGCUGCUCCUUCAGGAAGAACGAUUUGCAGCGAUCAUAAAAGAAUAUGAGCUGCAGAGUCGGGAGUUACGGGAUAAAAACGAUGAGCUGCAGACGGAGCUAGAAAGGCUGCAUUCCCACCUGCAAGAAAGCCAGUACCGCAGGGCCUGGCGGAAAAUGAAGGAGACUAAGCUGGGAGGAAGGCUGCUACCUGCUGGUAGACGGCGCUGCCUUGGUUGUAUCUGGAGUGUUUUUUCGGCAACCAAGCAGACUGGAGACUCUUUGUUAAUGACAGCUAGGAUUCCCCAUGAUCUGAAUGCACCAGGGGGCCAUGUAAAUCCAUCAAACGAGACCCAGAGAGGAGAUCAGUCCCUUUUGGUGAGCCAGCAGCUAUCUGCUGCAGGCAAAACCGGCGUCCUUUUUGUAGAAGCAGGUGCCAGUCCAGUGAGUAUAGAAACCGAGCUCAUGACAGAGCAGCUGAAAGAGCAACUUCAGGACCUGAAAAUACAACUGGAAACCAAGGUAAAUUACUAUGAGAGGGAAAUUGAGUUAAUGAAAAGGAACUUUGAGAAGGAAAGGAAGGACAUUGAGCAAGGCUUUAAGAUGGAGAUCAGCGAAUUAGAAGAGCAGAAAGGUGACCUGGAAGAGCUCAAAAUGAAAUACCAGGAGGUAAUUGAUGGCUUGAAAGACCAGCUCCAAAAAUCCACUCCAAGUCAGGAGCUUGAGAAGAGGUUUGAGAAGGAGAGGUCAGAAAUGGAACAAUACUAUGCCAAAGAGAUUUGCAACCUGGGACAGCGGCUGGCUCAGGAAAGAGACAAGCUGGAAGAAGAAAUGAAGAUGCAGCACAAGAACGAGCUACAGUUAAUGAGAAUGGAGCUGCACAGGGUCUUGGAAGAUAACGCUUUGCUGAGAAGUAAACUCGGGAGAUUUCAACAGGAAGUGGAGGAUGUGGAAGAAGCAAGUAAUAAACAAAGGAAACAAAUUGAUGAAUUGCAAAGAGAGAAGGAGACGGUGCUAUCUGAGACAGAAGAGUUAAAUCAAUUGAACAAGACGUACAAGCAGGAGAUGUGCCGGCUUAAUGCCAGGACCCUGCAGCUGAGUAGCCAGCUGUCGGACCUCAGCCUCCAGAGCGAGACCAGCCACAGUACAAUCCAGCUGCUGAACCAGAGACUGGCCCAGACGGUGAGCCAGAAAGAAGAGGAAGCUGCUGUUGCCAAGCAACUGCAAGCGACAUCAAGUAAACUGGAGCUGGAGUACGGUCGGCAUCAGUCAGCAUGGCAGCGAGAGCGGGAGCUGCUCCAGCAGCAGCUCAGGGAGUCCAGAGAGAAGGUCAGCCAGGUGCAGGAGCUGGAGAUGGAACUGGAAGGCAUGACGCAGGAGUGCCAGACGCUGCGGCUAAUGACCGCACAGUUCAGAGAGGAGCUGGAGGAAAGCCAGGAUCAGUUAUUAGAAGCCAACACAAGACUGAGCCUAGCCCAGUCUCAGCACAGGCAGGAGCUGCAGCAGCUAAAGGACCAGCUGGAAAGCACAGUCCCCAGGGACUGCCUCGCCCAGCUGCAAAGUAGGUGGGCAGAAGAACAGCGGAAAGUUCAGCAGCUACAAGAAAACCUCAGCUUCCAGGCCGAGCAGGCGAGCAAGCAACUGGCCGCCUUUCAGGAGGAACACGAGAGGCUGCUCAGAACAAGGGAGGAGAGGACAGAGGAGCUGGAACGGAAUGUGGGGAGCAUGCAGAUGAUGCUACAGGAAAAGGUGACCCAGCUCCAGGAGCAGCGUGACAGAAACGUUAAGUGUGACCUGCUGCUGAAAGACCUGUACGUGGAGAACGCGCAGCUGGUGAAAGCUCUGCAGGCCACUGAGCAGAGGCAGAAAAAUGCUGAGAAAAAGAACUUGGCCCUGGAGGAAAAACUCUCAGCCCUAACCCAACUGAUUAGAAGAAUGGCGCAGGCAUCUCUCAGCGUGUGAAUGGGCCCCGGUGCCGGGUUUGGCUGCAGCUGGAAGGACAAUCAGCAGCGGACACCUGUCGCUGCACUCCAUUAUCUCAGCCUGGGAGCAGCUGUGCUGCAGGGGAUCCCGGCCUGGCCUAGUGGAAAGUGCAAAGCUCUUUCGGCUGGGGCCUGCACAACUGGGUCACGGUGAACUCCCGUCUGCCGCUGGGAUAGGCAGGGUUAGUGGUGGGUGGGGACACCGUAUGUGCCUUCCCCAGCUGUGCCCAGUAGGGGAAAGGGCUUGCUGAGAUCUCUCAGGGAGCUGGGGAGAAGGGAUAAUGGCCAUAAGAGAAACAUGCCCUGUUUUUUCAGUGGGAAAGCAUUGAAUGCUUGAACGCCGUUCAGGCCAUUCCAGACGAUAGAAGGAAGCUCUCUGCAGCGCGGGUCUGUCUUGGGGCCAGAUGGUAUUUACGGUAAUUGCAACGUGCCCUCUGAGUUUGUCUGCACACUGGCAGUUUGUGUUGUACACGCACAGUUUUAUACACAGAGAAAAUACUCUUCACCCCUAAGUCCUGGCUGUCGUUCAGUGGCCCAUGCUGCUGGAAGUGGAAGGACCUGCUCUAUUUGUAGGGUCUUCUGCUUUCGGGUCACUUGGAAUGGGAAAUGGUUUUAAUAUUAAAAUUACAUUUUUACCAUUG